GGGGCGGGAGGCGGAGCCACCUCUCUCUCUCUCUGCCUCUCUUUCUCUCAGGCAGGGGCGGGCCCGCUCAGGGUAUAAAAGCUGCCCGCGCGGGAGCCCAAGCCAACUCUGGGGUUGUCCUGGGACGUGUCCUGUCCUGAGUCUCACGACCAGGCGAAGGCGACCGCGACAUCUCUUGUGACUAAAAGACUCAACGUCCGGUGCUCCACCCAAAGCAUCUAAGGGGAUCGCCACUCGCGCCUCCAUCAUGCCCAACUUCUCCGGCAACUGGAAGAUCAUCCGAUCGGAAAACUUCGAGGAUUUGCUCAAAGUGCUGGGGGUGAAUGUGAUGCUGAGGAAGAUUGCCGUGGCUGCAGCAUCCAAGCCGGCCGUGGAGAUCAAACAGGAGGGAGAUACUUUCUACAUCAAAACCUCCACCACGGUGCGCACCACGGAGAUUAACUUCAAGAUCGGGGAAGAGUUUGAGGAGCAGACUGUGGACGGGAGGCCCUGUAAGAGCCUGGUGAACUGGGAGAGCGAGAACAAAAUGGUCUGCGAGCAGAGGCUUCUGAAGGGAGAGGGCCCCAAGACCUCCUGGACCAGGGAGCUGACCACUGACGGGGAGCUGGUCCUGACCAUGACGGCGGAUGAUAUUGUGUGCACCAGGGUCUAUGUCCGAGAGUGAGCAGCUGUGGGUCCAAGAGCUGCCAGAGCCCCCAGCCCACCCUUCCACGCUCCCUGCCUCACUGCCCCUCCCUCCUUCCUUCUAGGCUAGCUCUCCCCUCACUCCCCUCCCCACCCCUCACUUCUGGGGAUGCUGGGAUGCCUCCAGCUGGGCUCAGGGUUGGAUGGCAAGAGCCCAGAUCACCCUUUCCAGAACACUCCCCCUCCCAAGCCAGCAGUCCCGAACCAGCCCAGAGCACAGCCUCUCUUUCUGGGAGGGGACCUGAGGGCCCCAGUGGGAAAGACGGCCCUCUGGCUUCCGCUUUUUGUCCCUGUAGCCGACACAGUGUAGAAUAUUUAUUGGUUAAUUUUAUUAAAAUGUUUAAAAAAAUACAA